UGAGUCACGUGACUGCAGGAGGCGCCCUUGUUGUUCCUCGGCGUCCCGUCUCCUUCUAUAGGCUGGCUCUGCCUGGGCUGCUGGGUCACGUGACUUUUUGUAACUGGGCUCGCCGGCUAGAGGCAAAAGGCAGGGCAGGGCAGAGCGCGUUGCAUUGCAUUGCAUUGCCUUACAUUGCAUUGCAUUGCAUUGCAUUGUAUCGAAGGCGAGAUGGCGGCAGCAACAGCGGAUCCUGGGAGAUCGCGGGAAGCUGAGGCCCCUCCUCGGAAAGCGGGCACCAGUUCAGAUCAGAUCCUUCAGACAGGAACGGUGCUUCUGAAAGGAUUUAUCUGGGACCGAGUGCAGAGCUGUGGAGACUCUGAACGCAUCCAGGCAACGUUGGCAGAGCUCAAGGAAUCAGAGUCUCGGAUUUGUGACCCCAGCACCAAGAAGUUGAGUGAGUGCCUGCGCCGGAUCGGAGAUGAACUGGAUGGAAAUAUGGAGCUGCAAAGUAUGAUAGAGCAAGUCCAGGUGUAUCCGCCGAAGGAGGUUUUUUUCAGAGUCGCUGCUGAGAUGUUCUCGGAUGGGACCUUCAACUGGGGACGAGUGGUAGCUUUGUUCUACUUUGCGUGCAAGUUGGUCCUGAAGGCAAUUUGCACUAAAUUACCAGAACUCAUAAAGACCAUCAUUAGUUGGACAAUGGAGUACAUCAAAAAUCAUGUCGUGACCUGGAUCCAAGCCCAGGGAGGAUGGGAGGGCCUCCUGUCCUACUUCGGCACCCCAACUUGGCAGACCAUUGCUGUAUUUGCGGCUGGCGUCUUGACUGCCUCGCUGACCUUCUGGAAAAUGUCUUAAUCUUCAGCCCCCUUUGGUGGGGGUGCAUUUCUCUUGUGUGGGAACAAAUAGAGGCAGGUCCCUCUGGUUCCCCAAUUCAAGGAUUAAUAUGUACUAAGAUUUUUAUUUCAGUUGUGGGCUGGGGAGAUUUUUCAAGCAAACCAACAAACUCUGAUGCUCUUUAUCUUGGUGCCUUUCUACAGGGAGAAAGCUCACUCCCUUAUUAUUUUCCCUUCUUGGCUUGGCUUUUGACCAUUUGGCCUCAGGGGCUAGAAAUCAGAAGGCCAUGAAGCUUGGAAAACAAGACAAAGGAUGUGAGAAGGUUGUUCUCGUUUGCUGGAAAAUCGCACUGCUGGACUUGAAUGUGGUUUUCGGGAAGAAGGCUCCAAGAUCUUUCUUGUCCAACACCAGCAGCUCCCCGGCUUUCUUCAUACAUCUGCAUAAAGCAGGUUUUGCCUGUCUUCCUUUAUCUCUUUCUCUUCCUUGAUAUGAAAAAUCUCAGAAGCUGAAUUUGGACAGAUCUUCAGAAAUGCAGAUCCAGAAUCUCACCCUGAUGGUGAUUCAGAGCAGCUUCCAAAUUGUCAGUGAUUCAAUACCAUGCACACAUUGUUUUCUGUUUGGAAAGAAUUAGAGGUAUUUCACCUGAGGAAAAGAUAAUACUUUGAAUUCGUAAAUUCAGUCUUUUUGAGUUUUUUUUAAUGCAAGCAACCAAUCAGGACAAGAUUGAAUACUGCUGCGGAGGUGAAUUUCAGCAGACACUUUAUUGCAGAUUCCUGUGUGUUGUGUUUCUUGCUCUUUUUUUAAACG